AAUAACAGGUAGGAUUUGAUUAGUGCAACAAUGGAUAUGCAACACGAUACAAGCAGAACGUUCCGCAGCAUUCACGGUUCAUUGGGUGGACUUCAAGAUCAUCUCUCGAGUAUUGAAAGGAAGGCUUUGCAUCGAACAAAGCAAAAGACCUCAGAUAUACACUUGAAGUUUCUGACAUUGCUGCGACCUCAGCCCAAGGCUUCAGACGGCGAGAUCCAUUUGCGUUUGACUCCACUGUCCGAAUAUAAUACUAGUUCGCCGUACGUUGCAGUAUCGUACACUUGGAAUCAGCCUGCUGGACUUCAAGACGUGUAUGGUAAAGCAUUGCCAAGAUACAGGAUCUGGACAAAUGCAGAUCAACCAAGGGAGCCAAAGUGUCCCCUGCUGGUGUUGCAUCGAGCGAUGGCCUUUGCGCGAGGUCGACUUGCAGUACCUCUGAUAUGGAUCGAUCAGGAAUGUAUCGAUCAAGCAGACAACGUCGAUAUCGAAAACCAUCUCCAAGUAAUGGAUGAGAUUUAUCAACGAAGCGCGUUCACUGCAGUCAUUCUUUCCCGCAUGAUCUUCCGAUCGGAAUUCUUCGAAGCUCUCAACGCAAUCUCCAAUGGGACCGAUAUGGAAGUGGACUUUCUCACCAAUCAAAAACUUUCGAUCAGAAGAAGAAACUUACACUUAGCAUUAAUGCAUCUUGCGGAAGAUUCUUGGUUCACUCGAACAUGGACAUUUCAAGAGAGACAUUGUGCUGGACCCUGCUUUUACCUUAUCCCUGUAGAUCCCGAACUGUCGGGUUGUGAACGCAUUUCCGAUUCAUUCUGCGUCAGUCAAGCCAACCUCCACGCCAUCUGGAAAACAGCAGAGCGUUUGUCCGCCGACAAAGACUCGUGCAGUCAACUUAAAGAUUACAACAUCAUUGCUCACCUAAGCAUGCUCAUCAAAUACCGAUUCGAUGCUUCCCGAUCAAACGAUCACAACCCUCUUUCCAGCACUUCGACCAGCGAACUCCCACUCUUUUACGCGGAAGCAUUUCAUGGUACGGAGAGAUGCGACAACGAUAUCGUUGCAGAUCGAGUUGCUAUUUUCUCCAAUGUCUGCCGUUUUCGUUGGUCUCUCCAGUCGACCUUACUUCGAAACCCAGAGAUCAGUUACAGUACAUGUAUCUUAGCACUCCUCAUACUGAACUUCCGAGCCAAAACCGGGUUGGCUACUAUUGAUGACCGUCUUUUGAGCCAAGCGAUGGACAUGACGAUUGGCGAUUUUUUACGUGUGUUAGCGGAGAUUCAUACCGAGGCCUCAGAGGAUCAAUCUUUCGUUUCUCCCUUUGAAGAGUGGCUUGGUGACCCGGGACCACAGCAUCUUGUGUGAUUCGCCUUUGUAAGGAUCAGCAGGACCAACUGAGAUUCGUGUAUGUGCCUGGUCUUGAUCUUUGUGACCGCCACGUGGAUCUUUUGAUGAGGAUAUUUGAACUGAUUUAAAUGGGCGAUUAGUACUUUCGU